GUAUUUCCACCUUAUGAGUAGAAAGAAACAAUAUUAGAGAGCAAAGACAUGGCUUUAAGUGGAAAAGUGGUGGGUGAAGUAGAGAUUCAAGCACCUGCUGCUAAGUUCUAUAAUUUUUAUAAAAAGCAACUUGAACAUCUACCUAAUAUAUCCACACACAUACAUGGAGCUAGAGUGCAUGAAGGUGACUGGGAAACUGUUGGUUCUGUCAAACAAUGGGAAUAUACAAUAGAUGGAAAAAAAAUAAGUGAUACAGUAAAAAUUGUGAGUAUAGAUGAUGACAAUAUGGCAAUCACAUAUGUAUUUGACAGGGAAGUGAGUGAGGAUUACAAGAGUUUUAAGGCAACAAUACAAGCUAUUGAUAAGGAACAUGGUGGUGGGAUUGUAAAAUGGACUUUUGAAUAUGAGAAGCUAAAGGAGCAUAUUAAAGGGGUAUCUCAUGAUUCAUACUUGGACGUUGGUAUAAAGGUUGCAAAAGAAAUUGAUGCUCAUCUUGUCAAGGAAUAGCAACAAAGAUGAAGUGUGUUUGGCACGAGUAUUGUUUAUUAAAUAAGCGUUUUUUUAUACCAUGAGUUUAGCUCGGUUAGUAAAAAUGUCGCAUAUAUUAUGUAGGAGCCGGAGUUCGAACCCCGGUUAUCCCGUUUAUUCACCUUUAAUGUGGAAUUUUUAUUCACUAGGUUACUAGACAAAAAAAAUGCAAACGAAUAAAUGUUUUACUUGUAUAAUUAAGCGGCUAAUGAAUGCUUGAUUGCUUGUAAAAUGUUUGAUUUAAAUAAAAAGAUUAAACGUUGUUUAUGAUCA